UCUUUUGAUCAAUUUUCUUUUACUCUCCACAAGAAACACACCAAAAACUAAUCAAAAUUCCAGUUUUAUCCACUGCUUUCUGAUGUACGCUGCUUUGUCAUUCUCUGCAUCCUGAACAACCAAUCGCAAUUCACAGGCAAAUCCUUCCAUGUCUAUACUCCUUACCUGGCACGGUUUUAAAGGCUAUAUUUCUAUCAUACAAAACAAUAAAAAAUUUAGAUAAGAGUUUUGUAUAUUCUUUACUAAUUAGUUCAUACACUGUAAACUUUAACCCUCCGCUAGCCUAAAUCAUUUUGAUAGAGCCAUGGGAAACUCUCCAAUCCCCUACUCACCACCCCCAACAACAUCAAACAAUAUGCCUUUGUUAUAUUAUGGAAUGGUGGUUGUCGGGACAGCAGCUCUAAUUCUUGCAGUAUACAACUUGAUCAUCCUGAGAUGGUGCUCUCAGAGUCAGGCAGACAGGCCACGUCAAGGCAUGGCUGCUCCGUUGCGGUUCGAGGCUGCUUCAGCAUCAAGUCAGAGCUUGGAUAGCCUUCAUGUGAACUUGAUUUCCAGUUUCAAGUACAAGAAAGGAGGGUCAUCAAGAGAUGAAGCUCACUAUAGCCAGUACGAAUGUGCAGUUUGCUUAUCUGUGUAUGAAGAGGAUGAAGAAUUGAGGCAGCUUCCAAGGUGCAAACACUCGUUUCAUGCUUCUUGUAUAGAUAUGUGGCUGUACUCUCAUCUGGACUGUCCUCUUUGCCGUUCUCCGGUGGAUCCGCCAGUCCUGAACCGGGUUCUCAACGAACCUACAAGGCGGGCAGGGCAAUCCAGAGAAGGAUUGCAAAUCUCCAGUAGGAUCCCCGUGUAAUUAUGUUUCUCUGGAAUUACCGUCCUGUCAAAUUGGCCCGUAGUUGUAUUCUGCAUUUUUGUCGGCAUAUGACAUUUUAGUCUGUGCAUGAACGCCUGCAAUUAUGGAAAAUUUUGGCCUUUGACAACUCAAGGUUAAUGUGGACCCCGAUGGAGAAAGAUGAAAUUGACAAGGAAAUAUAGAACCCAAUUCUUCCCAUCUCGUUGGUAAACAGUAAAACUCGUAAAGGUGGCUGCUUUAGCUCGGCUCGGUAUACAUAUGGGAGAAACAGAGAGAAGAUGAAUCGAUCAAAAGUGUAACAGGCAUAAAUUAAUGCGUCUUUUUUUUUUUUUUACUAAAACGUUGGUAAGAGCUUUACUGUAGCGAGCAAAGGCUCAAAUAAUGCUGUAUAACUUGUGGCAUAAGAGUUGAUCUGCUCGCUAAUGUCAUUCCUGUUUUCACAGUCUAAACAAGAAGAGCACAUUUGAAACAACAAGUUUAAGCUUUGUAUAUCCUCCAUUAGAGUUGCCAUCUUGCUAUCCAGAGCUCUCCGAGAUAUUAACUGUUUCAAGAGUUCCUUGUUCUGCAUUUGUAUUUUGAUUCUUCUCCAUUGCUGUUACACUGCCCCGCACAUUACCAGUUUGAUCGCCACAGCUUCAUCAACAUUCUUGCUUCCCGAGCUUCGUUCCUUCAUGGCCCAGCUUGCAAUUGUUAUGUUUGGGUUAAUCAAUCAUGGCUGUUACUCCAAUUCCAAGCAUGGAUUGCCUUUGCUGGCUUUGCGUCGCAAUUCUCAGAAUUACUGUUCCUUCUGCUUCUUGCUCCUGGAUUGUUGCUGUUUCUGUAGUGCUCGUUCUGUAUUUUCCGGACACUGUUUCUUCUUGUUCCAUCCAUUCCCUCUGAGCAUUUUGUACAAUUCUAUUUU